UCUAUCAUGCUGUUGUUCAGUAUUAGUAUUGCUUUAUCCUGCUUUGUGGACUUGUCAUUUUCGGAAGACUCCUCUCCGCUGAACUGCGUGCGAAGCUCUCCUGGCGAUAAUAAUGGAAAUGAUGAAGGCCGGAGAUAUAUUUCUUACUAUUUUUCUGAUUCUCUUACUUGUUGUUAUGGUCAUAGUUGCUUGCUGCUGCAUUAUUUGUAUAAUUCGCUGCUGCUGCAAAGAAGAGUGAAGAAAAGAAAGUAG